GGUUCGCGUGUCGUUCGCAAACUUCUCAGUUUUAUCCUGAGUUCCUCUCCUUCGCCUCUAUGGCAAUGCCGUCGGCUACUGUCCUCUUCCCACCCUAUUCUAAAUUUGCUAGUGCUCGCUUGUUUCCAAAGAGGCUUGAUUUCAGUACCUGUAAGAGUAGGAAAAGGAAAGGUUUGUCGGAAUCUCGAACGGGUACUUUAAGAAAGUUGCUAGCUGCUAGAUCAACCGAAGAUCGCCAGCAGAACCCAGGUGAGAAUGUUAAAGGAGGUAAGCAGAAUUCGAGACCUUUGCGUGAAGAACUUGGCUGGGAUUUCAGUUGGCUACCCGCUUUUCCUCAUGUGCUCACAGCAUCUAUGGCUAAUUUCCUAUUUGGGUAUCACAUAGGGGUGAUGAAUGGACCUAUAGAAGCCAUUGCAAAGGAGCUUGGUUUCAACGGGAACCCCUUUCUUGAAGGUCUUGUGGUGAGCAUAUUUAUAGUUGGUGCAUUUAUUGGAUGUAUAAGCUCAUCCUCUCUAAACGAAAAGCUUGGUUGUCGACGUACACUUCAAAUUGAUGCGAUACCAUUAAUUAUCGGGGCACUUUUGAGUGCACAAGCUCACUCUUUAGAUGAAAUUCUUUGGGGACGAUUUCUUGUUGGCCUUGGCAUUGGUGUGAAUACUGUACUUGUUCCCAUCUACAUUUCUGAGGUUUCGCCUACAAGAUAUAGAGGUUCUUUUGGAAGUCUUUGUCAAAUUGGGACUUGCCUGGGCAUAAUUGCAUCACUAUCUUUAGCACUUCCUUCAGAAAGCGACCCACAUUGGUGGAGGUCAUUGCUCUUCAUUGCUAGUGGCCCAGGUCUUCUUCUCAUGUUGGGCAUGCACUUUGCUGCUGAGAGUCCACGCUGGCUGUGUAAGGUGGGAAGGUUGAUUGACGCUGAAAGAGUUGUGCGCAACCUUUGGGGCGAGACUAAUGUUGAGAGUUCCAUGAAGGAAAUUCUCUCUGUAACUGAAAAUAUUAGCAAUCCUAAGGCUACUUGGUUAGAUCUUCUUGUUGAGCCGCAUAAGAAAGUUGCUUUCAUUGGAGGGUCUCUUUUUAUACUUCAACAGCUAUCGGGGAUCAAUGGAGUUCUAUACUUUUCAUCCUUGACUUUUAGUGAUGUAGGUAUCACUAGUGGCUCAUUGGCAAGUUUGUAUGUUGGAAUUACUAACUUUGCAGGGGCUUUAAUGGCUUUGUUCUUGAUGGAUAAACAAGGAAGAAAGAAGCUGUUAGUUGGAAGCUAUCUUGGAAUGGCAUUUUCAAUGUUUGUUAUAGCUCUUGCUAUCAUUUCUCCAAUGGAUGAAGAUCUCAGUCACAACGUAUCAGUAGUUGGAACUCUUAUGUACAUAUUCUCAUUCGCGAUUGGUGCAGGCCCUGUUACUGGCUUAGUAAUUCCAGAAUUAAGCAGUGCUCAAAUGCGUUCAAAAAUUAUGGGCUUCAGCUUCUCUAUACAUUGGAUCUUUAACUUCUUGGUGGGACUGUAUUUCCUGGAACUAGUGGAGAAAUUUGGAGUAGCACCUGUAUAUGGUGCGUUUGGCGCUGUUUCCAUCUGUUCAGCAAUAUUUGCUGCAUAUUUCAUUGUUGAAACAAAGGGACGUUCACUCGAGGAAAUUGAGAUGUCCGUUACUUCCAGUAUGCCAAGCAGUGACCAGCGAUAGUGACCACAAUUACUACUAGAAUAGCUAACAGUUUUACUUGGGCUUCAUGAUUUAUUGGCUUCGCAAAGAAUCAAAGGAAACGUUAUGGCCAGUUUUCUGAAAUCAAAUCAAAGCUCUGGAACAAAUUGCUGAUCUGAAAGCAGAUGAAUUGUAAUGAUCUCAAAUUCCCUUUUUUUUUCUUUUGUUUCUUUUUUGUUGUUUUGGAUAGUGUUGAUAUUUUAUGUAGGUAAUUAUUUUGAGAGAGAUACUUUUAUAUCAUAUUGUUGAGAAGUUAAUCUUUUUA